CGUCCCCUAUGUGAUGAUGAGCCUGCCUGCGUUAAUCGAGAUCGCUACACUACAUUGGCGGAAAAUGGCCAUAAGAUUUUUUUUAUGAAAACGCAGAAUAUUUCCCAUUCCACGCUUGUGACGUACCUGCGUCACCGCCCCACAAUCCGAGUGCCACAGUUGAAGUGCGUUUUUACCAUUUCAAAUGCAAGCUACACAGCAAAAAGAAUAGGUACCCUUACAAUUUCCUGAAUUAUUUGCUGCGUGUUAAUAUGGCGGCUGAAGGGGAAGAGCCUGUAAUCGUAUCCCUUAAAUCUUUAAACUCGGAUGUCGUCACCAAUGUUACUUUUGUCAACAAAACCAGGCGAAAGGCCAGGGCGUGGUGGCUGGAUUUCCGUGGUGACCCUGUUUCUUACGGAGACAUAGGACCCGAUGACCGACUGAGGAUGACCACUUACUUAACUCACCCGUGGAUUUUUCGUGACACGGAUACCGGUGCAAAACUGCUGGUAAAUAUGAAAGAGAUUUACUUUCCUGAACCCAACAAUGAUGAAGAUGGAUGCCUGGUAUCCCAUGAUGUGAUUAUCACCACUCCAGUAUACCCGUUGCAGGACUGCUGCUUAAUGUUGAUUCGCAAACUGGUAAAGCAGAAAGACUACAGGAAACUGGAAAUCCCAGAGUCACUAAGGAAAGAUCUCUCGAUUGCACCCAGUCUGGAAAAGGAACUUCAACAAUAUAAUAAAUAAGACUCUUUGUACAUUGUACUAAUUAUGUUUGGUUACAUAAUUAAAAUGUUAAAGUUGCACAUGGAAAUGCAUAUCCUCUACAGCAAAUCUGGAGGCAAACAGGUUUGUUAAUACCAGUCAAUUAAAAUAGACACUUUAUAGAGCUUGUUUUCAAUGCAAACAAUUUGAACAUCAAUUAUCGUGAUAUUAACAAUACUUUGUUUAGCCCUGAUUAUUUAUUGUACUGAAAAAUGAUUAUCAGCAAUUGUAUUCAGUCGUAUUUCUGACAGUCAUCUAUACUUAAAAAAAGAUCAGCGGUGUUCUGUCCUUCUCUCUUCCUGUAGACAACCGAUGUGUCCAUAAAGAGAUGCUGGGGAGCUGUUAAGUGCCAGGUAAUAAACUGGGCACCGGAAAAUGAUUUCAAUUCAGACCUGCCUUCUAUUAAGAGAGAAACUAACAAGUAAUGGGAGUUAAAAUAUGAAUGAAAAUGACAUUAUUGUCCAACCCAGCUGUACAGUACAUCGCAGCAGUGAUGACUGGUAUUGUUAAUAGCAAGACCUCUAGCAUCUCAAUGUCUCUCCUUUACAACCUAAUACUGUCCUGGCUGUGUAUGGGACCAUGCUCCUAAAUAGCUCUAUAAAAUGGAACAGAAAACAUAUGGAUUCGGUAAACUAUAUACUGUAUAUAUAUUGUGCCUAAAUCGUGUAAAGCUUUGUAUGUAAAUAAUAAAAAAUCAAUGUAAAUGCUUAUUAUAAA